AUGGCUUCUUCAUCUUGUUUGGUCGUGAAAUUACUAGUUUUAACUUUUCUAUUGAGCCUCUCCUGCUCUGCUUCUAGGAGCAUCACGAGUGGUGCCGGAAAUCCACAGGAGCAGCAGCAGCAGCUCCUCCGCUACCACAAGGGCGCGCUCCUCCGCGGAAAAAUCGCCGUCAAUCUCAUCUGGUAUGGAAAAUUCACCCCCUCACAGCGGGCCAUUGUGGCUGAUUUCAUUACCUCCGUGUCGGAUCCGUCCGGGAACCAGCAGUCCGUCGGCGCGUGGUGGAGGACGGUGGAGAAGUACUACCACCUCGCCGGAAGACCCAACUCCCUCUCCAUCCGCCUCGGCCGGCAGAUCCUUGACGAAGACUACUCCCUCGGUAAGUCCCUCUCCGACAAACACAUCGUCCAGCUGGCAUCCAGGGGCGACCACUCCAACUCCGUCAAUGUCAUUCUAACGGCGAGCGACGUCACCGUCAACGGCUUCUGCCUCAACCGCUGCGGGACCCACGGCUCCAGCAGUCCCACUUACGGCCCACAGAGCCCACCAUUGGUGCCGCCCAACAACGACGUGGGCCUCGACGGUAUAGUCAUGAGCUUGAGUGGGCUUCUCGCGGGCACCGCCACUAAUCCCUUCGGGAAUGGCUACUAUCAGGGCUCGGCCGAGGCCCCGCUGGAAGCCGCAUCCGCUUGCCCUGGAGUUUACGGGAAAGGGGCCUACCCGGGCUACGCGGGGGACUUAUUGGUGGACCCAACCACAGGGGCCAGCUACAAUGCCCAUGGCGCCAACGGCCGCAAGUACUUGCUCCCUGCCAUAUACGACCCCACCACUUCCAAAUGUUCCACACUCUUCUAA